AUGACUCGACAUAAUCUUCAAAGUCAUAUUUCUUGGUUGAUACAGAACAAAGUUACUGCCCCCACUGGAGCCCAAAUCAGUGCAUUUGCAACCUUGCCAGACACGAUUGGGUUCGGAUUUGGAAGUUUUGGUAAUUCGGAGGACGAAAGUACUGUGCAUGAAACAAGAAAUACACCGACUGCUCCGAUUCGAAACCGUCGAGUCGAAGAAAUCUCCAAUGUUGUGGCGAAUUCACGAUCACCUCGUCCUCGCAUCCUCACUCCGGUAACACAAUCUACACCAGAUCCUGGGGAUGAAUUGGCGGAUCCGGAUAUGGGAAAACUCACAUCAGCACGAAAGACGACUAGACCAAGUCUCAUAAGUCAAAACAAACAAUUUUCAACCCCUUCCUCGACGACCAGCUCAUCCCUUACGACAAGUUAUAAACAACACAUAAGUGAUCUCACCGGCGAUGAUCUGGCUGGAGUUGCCCCCAUUCGGUCCUCAAGUACUGUGGAAGCCUUUGAAGAUGCUUCUGUUGUAUCGUGGGACGAGGGGUCAGCUUCCCGACCAGAACCUUUGAAGAAGGCGAAGAAAAGGAAAAGCGAGGAUUUAUCUAUGACGCAGUCUCCUAGGAAAUCCAAAAAGAUACCACCAGUACGCUCACCAGAAGUGCAAGACGAGGAAUAUGAUUCGUUUUUGGACAUUGACGAGUUGGGAUUACCAGGGCCAUCGUUUCGGGAGACCCUGCCGGACUCUCAGCGAACAAUUGUUCCACCUAGAAAAGUGGAGGAAUACCCUGAUCCGAAUCACUUAGAGGAAUUUGACAUGGUUCAAGAAAUGAUGUCUCAGGCUGGACGUGCGAAAUCCAAGGUCGGAAGCAGACAAAACUCAGAAGAUAUUAUUAUAGAUAAAAGAUCGAUCCCAAGAACGACGCCUGCCCCUACGAUUAGCUCUGAGAAACACAUUACUCCUCGUAGCGUGCGACAUAUGUCACCAAUUCAAGUACGAGCAUCUCCUAGUACAAAAUCCCGUGAACAUUGGGCGACAAAAACAUCGUCACCACUUAAACGUCGAAGGCUUAAGCAAGAAGUAUUUGACUCAGAGGAUGAAGACGUUUUUUCAGAGAUAGAAGCAAGAGUAAGCUGCUCGCCUUGCCCACCAUUGAUGAAAACACCGAAAGGAAUUCAUAGCACGCCGAACAUGCAUACAGUCUCUGCGAAUUUGAUGCACGAGAACGAAGAAGUGACGCCCGCAAAGAAGAGAUUCACUAGCCCUCUGAAACCAAUAUCACAAAAUGCAUCAUUUCGUCAGGAGAAUGAGCCAUCUCCAUUUCAACGCGAUUCUCCCGCCAAGUAUAUGGCUUCACAGAAAUUGCCACAGCAAGGCUCAAGCCAGGCUUCAUCGGUUUCUCUGGGUCUCGAAGAAAAAAGAGUUGUGGGUUUAUACCUGAAAAAUCCGUCAGCACUCGUGCCUUUCCAAAAUCACCUGGACAAUCUUCUCAGCCAGAAUUACGAAGCGCUCCAAGUCUAUCUUGAGGACGGCGAGCACCCUCCAGAAGAGAUGGUGUCCGAGCGAAAAGCUAUAUUGGAACAGAAAAAAUCCCUAAAGACUCUUAGAGAUAACUCUCAAAGUCUUCAGGAUCUCGCUUCAAAAACAACUGCUGCAUUGCGUAGGGUGAUGACCCUUCUAGAAGAGGGUAUUACGGAUAGUGCCGAAGAAGCGCACUCUCAUGUGCUUACCCGGGAGCUAUCGGAGAGAAAGAAAGAGUGUUGGCGGUUAUUAGAUGCCUCUGGCGCAAUAAACUACGGAUUCGGGUCUAUUCCGUCUACGAAAACUCCGCUUUGCACUUCCGCGUCGGGUGCAAAUACGAGUGGGCAAGUUAUUCUGCAGACCCAGGUUCCUCCUCUUACGCGUGAAUCAUCAAGCGCGUCGAGGGACUUCAGGCAGGACUAUCCAACAUCUAAUUCUCAAAGACCCCUUGACUCAAGGGACGGGGAACUUCGUUAUGCAAAGCCAUCUCCUGUAAGACAGACAUCGCCUUUUAGGUCGAUGGUUCCCGGAAGUAACUACUCGAGGCCUGGUAUUUCCGUGAAACAACCGGAUUUUUCCAGGCAACCUUCACCAACAGAUUACGGUGCUGAUGAUGAUUUGCUCUCUCGUUUGCUUGAAGACGAGGAGCAGAUUAUGGAAGAGACUCGUGUAGCUGACAACAAAUCAGAAGGACAUGAGGAGGAAGAUUAUGGGGACUCUGAUGAUGAUGAUGCUCUGAUCUCUUUCGCGCAACAAGUUGAGCAGAAUAGCUCUUUCAAGGGGAACUCGGCGAAAUGUUCGCUUAAUUCCACUUUGCAGGAUGCGUCAAGGAACUCAUUCAAAAGUUCAAAACGUGAUAAUUCAAACUCCGACAAACCCAAAGAUAUGUAUUCAAUAGUGGACUCUUCACAUGCGGAUAGGUACCGCUAUGCAUGGUCGAAAGAUGUCAAGAAGGGGUUGAAAGAUCGCUUUCGUUUGACGGGCUUUCGACAGAACCAGCUGGAGGCAAUUAAUGCUACCUUAGCGGGCCGUGAUGCAUUCAUACUGAUGCCCACUGGUGGCGGAAAAUCUUUGUGUUAUCAGUUGCCUGCGAUUGUACAAUCGGGCGCAACGAAGGGUGUUACAAUUGUGGUUUCUCCUCUUUUAGCUCUCAUGCAUGAUCAGGUCGACCAUCUCAGGAGACUUCGCAUUCAGGCAUAUUUGUUUAAUAGCGAAUCAACUAAGGAGACGAAGCAGGAGCUAUUCACCGGUCUAAGCCAAAGUAAGCCAGAGCAAUUCGUCGAGCUACUAUACGUCACGCCAGAGAUGAUCAACAAAAGUAGUAUUAUUCAAUCGAAAUUAGAUGAUCUGUAUGCCAAAGAGCGACUUGCCCGCAUUGUCAUCGAUGAGGCUCAUUGUGUCAGCCAAUGGGGUCAUGACUUUCGGCCAGACUACAAAAGCCUUCAUGAGCUUCGUGAGAGAUAUCCUGGGGUGCCAUUCAUUGCCUUAACUGCCACCGCAACAGAAAGGGUAAAAAAAGAUGUUAUCCACAAUCUUGGAAUGCACAACUGUGACCAGCUAAAACAGAGUUUCAAUCGGCCUAACAUUUACUACGAGGUCCGACGUAAGAUGGGCAAAGGAUCAACGGCGGCAAUGUUCAGUGAGAUAACAACCAUGCUUUCUGUCGACUACAAGAACCAAAGCGGGAUCAUAUACUGUCUCUCUCGUGACAAUUGCGAAGAUGUGGCUAAAAGGCUGCGAGGCCAGGGGAUCAAGGCCCAUCAUUUCCAUGCGCAUAUGGCAGCCGAAGACAAGAAAGAUAUCCAACACCAAUGGCAGGUAGGCGACAUUCAAGUUGUUGUGGCAACGAUUGCGUUUGGUAUGGGCAUUGACAAACAAAACGUGCGAUUUGUCAUCCAUUAUUGCCUUCCCAAGACUUUGGAAGGUUAUUACCAGGAAACAGGGCGAGCUGGUCGGGACGGCAAACCGGCGUCCUGUUUCCUCUACUAUGGAUUUCAAGAUACUCAGAUUUACAAAAAGAUGAUUGAUAAGGGAGAUGGCAGCCCAGAUGUCAAAAACGAGCAGCGUCAAAUGUUGGAAGCCAUGUACUGA